AUGCCAGGCAGCGGGAGCCGCGAUGCCGAGGACGAGGCCGCGGGCGGCAGGAGCGCGUGGGGGCUGCUCGCGGCCGGCGGCCUCGGCGCCGGCCUGCUGGCCCUGCACGCCGCCGCGGCGCCCUUCGUGCUGCCCGCGCUGCGGCGCGUCUGCCUGCCCUUCGUGCCCGCCACCGCGGCCCAGGUGGAGAACGUGCUGCGGAUGCUGCGCGGCAGGAGGGGCUCCCUCGUUGACAUUGGCAGCGGCGACGGGCGCGUUGUGAUAGCUGCUGCAAAAAGGGGAUUCAAAGCUGUCGGUUAUGAAUUAAAUCCCUGGUUGGUCUGGUACUCCAGAUACCGUGCCUGGAGGGAUGGGGUGCAUCAGAACACCAAAUUUUAUAUUUCAGACUUAUGGAAGGUUUCUUUUUCCCAUUACACAAAUGUUGUUGUUUUCGGGGUACCUCAAAUGAUGCCACUGUUGGAGAAGAAGCUGGAAGAAGAACUUCAGUACAAUGCCAGAGUUAUUGCCUGUCGCUUUCCUUUCCCUUGCUGGGUCCCAGAUCAUACGACUGGAGAAGGAAUAGACACCGUGUGGGCCUAUGAUUUGAAAACUUAGGGAUGUGAAACAGAAUGCUUAGAAAUGACACCAAGGACAGAGUUCUAGGCAUCUUAAUUUGUAUUGAAAUUCUCAGCUGUGAGUUCAUCUCUUAGAAGAUGAGAUUAAGAUAGUUGGUGACUAUGUUCUAUAUAUUCUGGACUUAAAGUAACACUGAACACUGUCUACAAAAACUCUCAGAAGAUUUUAUAGAAGUCAAGAACUUAAGUAUUGAAGAUGGGAUAAUAAAGUUACUUUGGUUAAGUGGAGCAUAAAUGAGUUACCAUGUUCUAUUUGGCCUACUGAAAAUAUAUAUUCUUUCUGGUCCUACUUA